AUGGAAUGCGCUGAUUUUUUGGAAUUUCAGGAUGCUCUUAAGAAAAUGAGAGAUCUGGAUGAUAAAAUAGUAUAUGCCUUAAAUGUGAACAUACCAACACCUUCCUUUAGGGGUGAAAUUGAUCCAACACAAAAUUGUAAACAAUUAUAUAAUGAUUUAAAAACUAAUUAUGAUAAACGUGAACAGUCUAUAAGACAAUGUAUAAAUGUUACAUCGGAUAAAAUUAAUGAACUCAAAAGAAAGAAAGAGAGUGGUGAUGAUUUGGGAGUUAAUAAGCUACUAAGUAAGGAACAAACUAAGUUACGUAUGCUGAAAAAUGAACUUUUUGUGGAAGAAGUUGUGAAAGAUCGGUCAUUAAAAAUAUACCAUGAGCGGUGUAGGGAAUAUUUCAAACCUACAGACUACAGUGUGUAG